CAACAUAUUACAACUUUUAUAUAUCUUUACAGUGAAUAACAGCAGGUUAAUAUUGUAAAAUUGAAAGAAUUCUUCUGGUAUGUAUAGUUGAAGUGUGGUGCAUGAAUUCUCUCAGCGCUAAGCAAUGGAUUGUAUAACAGUAGACGUGGUAAGACAGAAGAACGAACCGUGGGGAGUUCAGGUCACUGGAGAGUCGCCAUGUUAUAUAGCAAGAGUAAAGCCAUCCAGCCCAGCAGAAGAGGCGGGUAUGCAAGUGGGAGAUUGUAUUUUCAGCGUUAAUGGAGUAACUGUACAUGACGCCUCACAUAACGAAGUUGUUCAGCUGAUAUCAGAAAGCGGGAGGGUCGCAAGGUUUAAAUUACUACCCGUGUCAAUCGAGGUUUCAAAACAAGAACCCGACGAUUCUGCCUUUUGGACAAGCGAAGAAAAGUGCGAGGAUCGUAACCAAAGUAACUCGCUUUCGGAUGAAUCGGACGAGGAAUUGACAUUCGACCACACGAACUACGAACAAUUUUGCAAAAUGUUUGAUGAAAAAACAAAAGUGAAGGGGGCCAAUAAGGAGUUUUCUCUUCUGCCCAAAUAUGGUGAAGACGAUGACGUAGAAGAGACUGAACCAAAAACGAUCGAUCAGUCCUCCUUUAUUAUUACGAGGGAAGAUCAAAAAAACUUUGACGCUAAUUAUGAAUUGGAAUGCACAUUUAAAGGAAAAAAGGCAUCUGCGGCUGGUGCUUUUACUGGAGACCACAACGUCAUCUUGGCUGGCAGCAGUUUGGAGGAAGUGCGGGGGGUUAGAGCAAGAGUGAGAGCCGGGAUUCAACAUUUCAGCUUCGGAACUGAACAAGAAAAGAUUGAUCCAAACGACAAAGGAACUAUCAUCGUCUACACUACUAGUCUGGGAAUUUAUCGCUCGGUGGCGCAAAAGUGCGAGCAGGCCCGUAAAAUACUGAAGGGGUACCGCGUCAAAUUUCAGGACAGGGAUAUUUUUAAUUCACAAGAACACAAAGACGAGUUAUACAAAAGACUCGGACUCGGACUCGGAGACCCUUUCCCAGAAAUGCCAAGAGUGUAUAUAGACGGCGUUUACAUAGGGGGAGCAGGCGAACUACAAGUCAUGAGUGAUUGCGGCGAUUUAAGAAUUCGUCUCCAAGAAUUUCCCAAAUACAACAUUCGUUCAAAAUGCCCCACGUGCGAAGGUACAGGCGACGUCAUAUGCCAUUCUUGCAAAGGAAGAAAAAGCAAGAAGAAAAAUAGAUUUGUGCAGUUAAAGUGCUCGACUUGCAGGCAGAAAGGAAUUCUCCAGUGCCCGGACUGCCUUUCUUGAAAUAAGAAUUCAAAAGAAACUGUGUCUUAUAAUAUAGGAGGGUAGGGAAAAGAUAGGACACCUUAUAUCGUUCUAUUUUCCUGUCACAUUCGGUAGCAAACAAAAAACAUUCAAAUAAUUAUAAAACCGUAUCCUCACGACUUUCAUACACCGCUGUCAAUAAUUUAAAACACGAUCAGGAUAUUUGGCCGUUCUGUGCUAAAGGCGUCCCAUCUUACCCCACCCUACUUAUAUAAUAUUAAACGGGUCUUAUGCUUCUUUAUGUAUUUAGCUAGCGCUUAUAUUUGUUAUUCUAUCAAAAUGUGAACAUGUGUUACAGUUCGCAGUUAUAAAUUACAUUUGCAUUUAACUGUUCAAUGUAGUUUAGUUUAUAAAACCCAGUACACCUGUAUACAUUAAUGCUUUAAUUAAGUGGUUUAUGUUUUAUAUAUGUUUGUUUAAUUUCUGUAUGUAGUAUUGCUUAGGGCAUUUGUGGUUAACUCUGCUUUUUCUGCAAAUAUGUAUAACUUCUGCGGCUUGUAAACUGUCCACUGUGAAUUAGAAUAUGAUUAACGUGCAUUUUUAAUAAAAAUACAAACAGAGAAUA